GACAGCUGAUUUAGUUGAAUUGUCGCGUUUGUUUCCGAUGGUGUUGCUUAUAUUUAUAACCUCUUUCUAAUAAUACUGUUAAAUUUAAAUUCGCGUGAGUUUUGCAAGACGUGUGUAAUACCAAUAAUAAUUGGUUUUAGUUGCCUAUAUGUAUUUAACUCAUAAUAUCUUAUUUUUGAUGUAUUAUAAGAAAAUAAGUAUUAAUGUGUUUACCAAUAAAUAACUGGAAGUUGCAGUUUACGGUUUUGCUAAGCAUUAUUAUAAUUACAACGAAAUUUUCUGAAGGAAAGACACCUACAGAUUACAUUUUGUGCCGGCAGUGUGGCACUGACGUGGCAUCAGCUGAUUCCCUUGCUAACCUACAUAGCCCGGCAGCUGUCACUAGAACCAACGAAUCAUUAUUUGGACUAGAUGAAGUGUAUGUGCAGAGUCUAAUCAAUCCUCUCCACAUCAAAUUUAAUGUUGUCACGGUUCUGGAAUCAACUUGUGUGACUUCUGCAAGGUUUUGGGUGUCAGAUCACUCGUGGUUUCCCGGUUACGCUUGGAAACCCUGUACUUGUUCACGCUGUAGGCAACAACUUGGUUGGGCAUUUGAACCAUUAGUGUCAGCAGAUUCACUCAAGAUACGAGCUUCAAAUAAAGGCUUCUACACUCUCAUUCUAGACAACAUUAUCAGUGAGCUUGUUUCAGAUCAGCUACUGAUUGUACCACACACUGUAACAGUUCGGUGACCAACAUGGCCGUGGAGUUGAGUGUUGAGCAACAGAAGCUACUUGCACAAUGUGAAGCUGACUUCGCUGAUCGAUAUACAGAAAAUGAUCCUGAUUAUGCCAAAGUUCUCGUUUCAUCUGACCCACCAAUAGUGCACCCCUGGUACAAUCAUGCUCGGCGGAACUACGAUUGGAGCGACAACCGUCGAGAUCAAGGUGGGAGGGACAGAUGGAGGGGGAAGCAUCGACGAGACGACCGCCACCAUAAUCGUCAUCAACCUUAUCAUCGUUAUCGUUGACUUUCUGAAUUUUAUUACCGCUUUCAAAUUUUGUGAAAACUAUCUUCAUUUCCUUUGACUCAUGUUUCUUUUGUUUUCAAUGUUUGAAUUAACACAUUCCAAAAUCGGACUAUUGUUUCAGUAAAACUUGUGUCUUACCUGUAAACAACAACUACAUAAAUAAUACAAAAAUGUGAUGAAUUUCAAUGUUUAAGAAUUGACAAAACGAAAAAUUUUUGCUAUAAGAAGGUUUAGUCGGAGGUUUUUAAUUUUACAAUUAAUUUUCAGAGUUCAUAAUUAGAUUUUAUACUGCAGUUUGAAACAUUAUAUGCAAAAUUAUGUAUUAGGAUACAGUAUUACAUGAAUAAAUUGUAAUAAAUUUCA